AUGAAGACUAAACAAAUUUUAUGCAUUUUAUUAUUAUUAAUUUAUACAAAAUUAAACAUUGUCUUCUCACAACCAAAUGAUCCACAACUUCGAAAACUUUUAAAAUAUCAUAAUGAUCUUAGACGUAAUUUAACAAUAUGUCAAUUUGAAGGACAACCUCCAGCGAAAAAUUUAAAACCUCUUAAAUGGGAUGAUGAACUAGCUUCAAAAGCUAAAGAUUUAGCAAAUGAAUGUUAUUUUCAUCAUAAUGAUGUUCAUUUACCUCAUAAAUGGGAAUAUAUUGGUCAAAAUAUUGCAGGAUAUCAAACAAUUGAACAAGCAUUCAAUGCAUGGAAAGAUGAAUAUAAAGAGUAUAAUUAUCAUUCAAUGAGUUGUUAUGGUGUUUGUGGACAUUAUACUCAAUUAGUAUGGCAAAAUACUACUCAUGUUGGUUGUGGUAUUACAAAUUGUACUGGAAAUUAUGGAUUUCCAUAUGGAUUAUCAGUUGUUUGUAAUUAUGGCCCAGGAGGAAACUAUGAAGGUCGUUAUCCUUACGAAGCAAAAUCACAAGAUGAAUGUUAUGCUGUAACUACAAAACGUCCUAAAACAACUAAACGUCCUAAAACUACUAGACGUCCAGUCACUACCAGACGGCCAAUUACUACUAAACGUCCUAAAACUACUAGACGUCCAGUCACUACCAGACGGCCAAUUACUACUAAACGUCCUAAAACUACUAGACGUCCAGUCACUACUAGACGUCCAGUUACUACUAAACGUCCUAGAACCACACCAACUCGUAAACCAGACAUAUCAAAACAAAUACCAAAACCAGACUGGCCUACACUUAUCGGUUCAUGGAGUGGAUUUGCUACUUCAAAUAUGCUACAUGGAUUAGUAACAAAAACAUGUGUUUGUAUUAAGUGAAAAUUAAAAAAAUUACCCAAAACAUUUAAUAUGUUGCUGUUCUAUGUGUUAACCAUGUUGUAUGUUUUCAAUGAAAAUAUAAACAUUAUUUAAAUGGA